ACGACGGUUCAUCUAUUUAUCACAAUGAUUUGUAGCAAGCAAUUGGUUUAUUCAGAGAACUUUCAUAAGCAAAAAAUAAGCGAGUGUCAAGACAACACUGCAGAUUGUUCAGCAGGACAUGGGGAACCUCGUAAUAUCCAUUUAAGUUUACCAAGAAUCAACGGAGUGAAGGUUGGCCAUGUUCAAGAUAUGGAGUUGACUGAGGGUAGCAAGCACACUGUGAGAACUCUAAGCUUACAACCACCAGUGUUUGAAAUUCCAAAUUUUUUUACCGAUGAAGAAUGUGAAAUGAUCAUCGAUUUAGCGCAAGAAAAGGGAAUGAGCGAAACUCCGCUGACCCAAGAUAACGACCAGAGCGAUAAUACAGAUUCGAUAGAAGACAAGUUUAAAGCUUGGGACAAAAAUGAGGAUAAAUUUAUCGACAAAACUGAGGCCAUUCACAUAUCUGAAAAAAGAAAUACAUAUUUAACAGAAGAUGAUGUUCAAGAGAUGUUCGCUGCCUUGAACUUAGAUCAAGACAAAGAUGGUAAACUUUCCAUGAAAGAGCUUGAAAAGACUUCACUAAAAGACCUAAACGCUUAUUUUGACAAAGAAAAAUUGGCAAAACCGCGCCUGCGCAGUCAUAACAGCCAGCAGGUAUGGUUAUGGCACGAUGAAGAUGAACUUUUGCAAUACGAAGGAUUGCUAGAAGAUUAUCACGACCGACUUCAACAGCUUACCAAGCUGCCAAGGCCGAUAAUAGAGCAAAGUGAGCCCGUACAGGUCGUACAUUAUAAGGAACAAGGACAUUAUCACUGUCACCAUGACAGCCAGGCGAUCUCGCAUGACAAACCUUGUUGUAUGUAUGGCUCUAGUGAUUGCAGGCUCUGCAGAUAUCUAACGGUCGUGGUCUUUCUUAACGAUGUCGAUGAGGGAGGGGAAUGUGCAUUCCCCCUUGCUGAUAACACGACUUUCAGCUGGCAGGCGUGGUCAAACAAGUCAAUUCAAAGCUGUAACAUGGUCAAGCACUGUGAUAAGUCAAACUUAGUGAUCAAACCGCAGAAAGGAAAAGCCCUGCUUUGGUACAACCAUUUGUACGAUGGUUCUCGUAGAUGGUUGGGUGAAUUAGAUCCUUUGUCAUAUCAAGGAAGCUGUCAUGUUCAGAAAGGCGAAAAGUGGGUUGCAAAGAUUUGGGUCAAUAUCAACGGUGACGGCAAAGAGGAGCUCAGAGCGUGGAAGAUGGGGCACAACUGGCUGGCUAGGAAUAAUUACAACAAAGAGAUAGUGAACGCCUUACACUCUGAGAUCCAUGAAAAAACUGGAGUUGAAAAUAAAUACACAAGAGAUAUGAAUAAAAAUAUUGCGAUGGACGUUAAAAACGAGGAUCUUUCGAAAGAAGACGUUCAUACUGUAAAGGAAGAAAAUACAAAAUCAGGUGUAAAUCAACUAAGCAGCAGCGAUACAUCGGACAGCGACGAGGAAGCAAGUGUAGACGAUGUACCAGAGCUUGCUCCAAAAAGUCCAAGAUUAGCAAGAACAGAAACAUCAACGCCUCUUCCUCUCACGGAAGAGCAAAUGAUCCCAAAGGGCCCUGCAAUUGGCCAUCUUCCACUCAAAGAGUUUCAAGGCAAUCGAAUAGUGCAAUCUAUAAUGCUGCUUCUAGAAGAACUCGAUCAGGUGGAGCUUGAAAUAAUCGCGAGGAAUUUGCACACGAAACUGAAACUCGUCUGCGUUCCUCUUAUUAUGAAUCCUAUGGGGCGCAUCUAGAACCAGGUACAAGUACACCCAUGCGUAUAAGUUGUGAGCCAUUAUCAAUUUUCCAACACCAACAAAAACAUUUCGCCUUUGUAAAUAUAUAAAUCCAUCCGUGACAGGAAAGAGAGCAACAGAUUCAUUAUUGUUAAAAACAAUCUGUAAGUGACACCUCAAACAGAAAUAAUGACAUGAAAGAAUUCUUACAAUAAGCGAAGAGCAAGGAUUCAUAACGGUCCGAGAUGGCACGUUCACUUUCUGUUUGAGAGCUUUGGUGCGAAGAGAUUGGAACGAGACUGAUUUACCAGACAGGGCGUCUCUCAUCACGUACUCUGUCUCGAAUAAAUUCUGUCUCGAACA